CUAGACCUCUCAAAUGCUGGUAUCUCCUUCAAAUUUGACAUCCAUUCCAUCGUGUAUCAUGUACCCAUUACCCGUAAGACCCUACCCUACCCUUUUCCUCUUCUCACCAAUGACUGCAGCAGCUUGCUUCAAGGAUUCCUCUUCGCAUCGGGUGGAGAGGGAGAAGAAGAAGACAAUGGCGGCAACUUAUUUCACGAAGCCUAGAAGCAUCGUCAGACGCUCAACCCAGAAACCUCUUAAUAGACCUCCUUCACGUAGAAAUUGUCGUCAAUCGGGAGGAGAGGGAGAAGAAGACGGCGGCGGUGACUUGCUUCCGAUGGAGAACCAUGCCAAAACGUCGACUGGAAAGAGUGGAUCUGGUCGCCGAGAUCUAAGCCUCCUCUUGAUGACAGUCCCGCCGGGAUCUUCAUCCUCGACGACUAUCUCUCCUUCCUCGUCUCUCCCCCUUCUUCACAUCCGGAGAAAUCUAAAAACUAUCCGGAGAAGCUACGCCGACAAUCGGUUCAGCAGCUGGUGACGAGUUCGCAGGAGGGUAGGUUUUGGAAAAAAUAAAACAAGAAUGAGAGAUUUGGAAAUAGCUGAUCCCCAUUAGCUAUUUUAAAAACCCACAUUUGAGGGUUUUUAAAAUCUCUAAUUGCAAAAACCCUAAUCUUUCCCAAACGCAGAAUUGUUUUAAAAUCUUGCAAAAUGAGGGAUUGUUUUAAAAUCUCUCACAAAUCCCUCAAUACAAUCCCUUAUCCAAACGACCCCUAGAAUGAUUAGGGUUUCCUCUUUCACGAAACCCCACAGCUAGCAGCCCUAGCUAACUAGGGAAACUCUCUCACACAACCUCGCAACGGAGAAGGCUGUUGCCAGGCUUAACACUCUCAUCUAAAUCGUAGUUGUAGCUUUGAUCAAAACUGACUAGCUUUCCCUCUCGAUCAAUGGCUUCCUCUCUCAAACUCUAUGAAACCCUACCAAACCCCUAAACGGUGGCUAUCGAGGCUCUCGCUAAACGAGAAAAAAAUAUAUAAAAAAUAUCGUAUUGUUAC